CGCGCCCACGUCCGUGAUUAACCCUAAUUUCGCAACCGCGUCCGUGCAUCGUCGCGCGAGCGAUCGCCCUCUCCGACGCCGAAAAAGCUCUCGCCACACGGCCAUGUUUGCUGCGGCGAUAUCGCGGUUCUCCGACGGAUGUCCGCGUCGUCCGAUGGCGGUCGAGCGCGUUCUCGCCGAGUCGUCGAGCGACGGAACGGGCCCGCGCGAGUCGCACGGCGUGGGUCGCGGUGACGGCGUCUUCGGUCACGUGUGUCUGGUCCGGAAACACGAGGAGAGAUGUUUCACGCCAGGAAACGGUACAUUGGCGACGCGUCCUCGGUGAUCCAUUUCUGCCUUCGCGCGGCACGAAGUUGCGUGCCACGCUCGCGCCUCGGUCGACUUGACGCGAGGCACGGCCUCCAGGCGAUUAUGCCUUAAUUUAGUAGCAUUUUACCAUGGAGCAGCUCAGUGAGGGGCAAGCGGUUGUAGUAGGCAGCGCUGGUGAAACGGUGCAAGUGGUGCAAAUGGGCCAAGGUGGCCAGACCAUGAUGCUUCCACAGGCCAUACAAGUAGCGGCACCUAACGGGCAGAUCCAGGUCGUUCCCGUGUCCAGUCUGACCAGCACGGGGCAGCAAAUAGUCAUUCAACAGCCACAGACAGCACAAAUUAUUCAGACUCCCGAUGGACAGACAUACAUAUAUCAGCCCGUGCAAUUGGAAGGUCAGGUCCAGCAAGCCCAACCAACAGUGAUUAAUCUUAAUGGCAAUCUCAUGCAAAUUGCCGGCACUACGUCGCAAAGUACCACUACUGCAGCGACUACAACUCCAGUACAGCCAUUGGGCAGUCCCACAUCCUCAGCAUCGGCGCAAGGAGGAAACGUUGUUAUGAUGUUACCGAGCAACAGUGGACAAACACAGUUCCAAAGAAUGGCACUGCCCAGCGCAGAGUUACUUGAGGAAGAACCGCUUUAUGUCAAUGCCAAACAGUAUAGACGGAUAUUGAAACGUCGACAGGCACGUGCCAAGCUUGAGGCUGAAGGGAAAAUACCUAAGGAGAGGCCGGUAAUAGAAGGUAACGUAAAUUUGCAGAAAUAUUUACACGAAUCCCGACAUCGGCACGCAAUGAAUCGAAUUCGUGGGGAGGGUGGCCGUUUUCACUCCGGUCAAGUGAAAAAACGGAAUAGAGAAAACGCAAACUCCACGAUUACCCAGCACAUCACAACCUCAACCAGCACCGAUACCGUUCGUACUGUAGCAAUAGCAGCCGCAAAUGUAGGUGUACAAUAUCACGACACAGACAAUAUGGCAUCCACGAUUGUACUUGAAAAACCAAAUAUUCCUCUGCAAGACAUGAUCUCUGAUGACGACAUUAUUACAACAAACAAUCAUAUAAUGUAGAAAAUAUCACGUCGUAAGUGGAGUAUCCGUGCGCGAGAGGUUUGUGUCGGUGGUCAUAUUGGACAUUUGCAUUUUGUACAUAUUCUCAUUCAAACGCGCAGUGUAUAAUAAAACUGUAAUUUUUACAACCACGCAGUUGUGGGAGGUAUAGCGUGAAGUUAGUACACAUUAAGGCUCUCUCUCUCUCUCUCUCUCUCUCUCUCUCUCUCUCUCUCUCUCUCUCUCUCUCUCUCUCUCUCUCUCUCUCUCUCUCUCUCUCUCUCUCUCUCUCUCUAAUUGUUUUAUUAUUCUUUGACUGAUUUAGAUUUUUCAAUGCAUUAGUCAAAUAAUUACAAAGCAAACGUAAAUUAUCGGCAAGAACCUUCAACAAAAGAAAAAUUAUGAUCAAAAUCAUUUUUUUUCAGUAGUUCAAAUUUGAUUACAGUUUUAAAAAUUUAUUUUAUUACAAAGUGUAAUUUGUAACGUGCAAACGUGUAUAAUGUUAAAGAUUAAAAAGGUGCAAUAAAGACGCAUCAUUCGACAUUUUUUCACCAAGACGAUACGGUUUCAAAUUGGUCAAAGAAUUUGUAAUUAAAACACUUACUCCGGUAUGAUUAAGACACCGUGUAUAUGCAUAAAUGAUGCAUGUACAGUUUCGCAGUAUUCACAAUUUUAUGUAAUAAUGCUUUACUACUCUAACCGAAAGGAAUAAGUGUUUUGUUUAAUAAGAUAAAUAUAUUCAGUAUGUAUACAUAAAUUAGUUUUCAUCUCUGAUUAAUAAAUAAAAAUUAAGUAAAAUUAAAAAACGUAUUAUCUAUCUGUUGCGGUACGCGGCAUAACGUGUCUAUUUCGUCAUGUUUUACAAAAAUUUCAUGUUAUUGAUAUCUUGCGAUAUGAGAGACUGAAUUACGAAUUGUAUAUAUGUGCUGGGUAACUUUUCUUUCGGAAAUUAGAUUAAGUCAUCAAAUUAAGUUUAAAAUCGAAUUAGAUAUAAGUUAAAACUGAAUUGGAUAUAAGUUAUAACGCUUAAGUUUACGGUUAAGACCGAAUUAAAUGUAAGUUAUAACGCUGCAUCUUUGUAUAAUAAUGCGAGUAUAUUAGUUAAUCGAAUUUACAAGAGAUGAAUGUAUCAUCAAGCAACAUACAAGAUGUACAUGCAUUAGAUGUGUAUGCACGAUACAUGAACUGUUUAAUUCAGAGCUAUUCCAGAUAUUGUUAUAUUUGAUAGCUAUAUACGAUCUCUCUAAGUACCUGCACACAUUUUAUCGGAUUACGUAUAACGGUUUCGAAAACUUCAUUUCUUACGUAAUUUUCUGCUUUCAAACUUUGAUUCAGGUACCAAAGUUUUAUUAUAUAGUCCAAUUUGUUUUUUUCUUUUUAUUAGCUAUCAUGUAGAUAAAAUAUAUCAAGUAUCAUAUUCAUUGAUCGAAACGGACACAUAUAUAAAAACGGAUACAUAUGUGAAAACGGAUCUAGAGACUUUUUGUAAAUAUUAAUAAAAGUAAAAUGUAAGAGCAGUGCUUAUGUUGCGAGUAGUGGUGUUAAAAUGGAGAAGAGGUUGUACAGCGCCGUAAUUGUAAGUGCUCUAGUAAGUAAUUGACUACUGGAACGUGAAAAUGCGUUCCAUAAGUGAAGCAUUAUUGUGUACCAAUAGAAAAAUAUAAAUUCUGUUUUUUAG